UCUCUCUCUCUCUCUCUAUCAUAUGCUUCCCAUCACCAGCUUCCUCUUUUUUAAGACUUUUGGGUGCCCAUAAAUUGGGGUAGCUCGUUCCGUUCUUUAAUACUUCAUAUUUCUUAGCAACUUCAACAAAGCAGAACAUUUUUUUUCACUUUAUUUCUUAGUUUUAUCCUUCUUCUUUGUCGGUGAUAUGGCUGAUCAUUCAGAAAGCAAUGGAAACCGUGAGAUGGUUUUGAAUGUAAAUGGUGAUGCCUCUAAUAUUUGUGACAACUCAAGCAUCGAGGAACGUGUGCCCCUUUUGAAGAAGUUGGUAGCAGAGGUGGUGGGUACAUACUUGUUGAUAUUUGCAGGUUGUGGUGCAGUAGUGGUGAACCUUGACAAAGACAAAGUAAUAACACAUCCGGGAAUUUCAAUUGUUUGGGGACUCACUGUUAUGGUAUUGGUUUACUCUAUUGGUCACAUCUCUGGUGCUCAUUUCAAUCCUGCUGUCACUAUUGCUCAUGCUUCUACCAAAAGAUUUCCUCUUAAGCAGGUUCCAGCUUAUGUAAUAGCUCAAGUACUUGGAUCUACACUUGCAAGUGGAACACUUAGACUUAUAUUCAAUGGCAAAGAAAACCAUUUUUCAGGAACACUACCCGCUGGGUCUAAUCUUCAAUGUUUUGUUGUCGAAUUUAUAAUAACUUUUUAUCUCAUGUUCGUCAUUUCUGGAGUUGCCACCGAUAAUAGAGCGAUUGGCGAGUUGGCUGGACUUGCAGUUGGGUCUACAGUACUGCUAAAUGUGAUGUUUGCCGGGCCAAUCACUGGAGCAUCAAUGAAUCCUGCAAGGAGUUUAGGACCUGCCAUUGUUCAUAAUGAAUACAGAGGAAUAUGGAUAUACAUAGUGUCAACUACUCUUGGAGCUAUGGCCGGUACAUGGGUCUAUAAUAUCAUUAGAUAUACAAACAAACCGGUGCGUGAAAUUAGCAAGAGUGCCUCUUUCCUUAGAGGAGUACAAAAUGGCAUAGCUAAGUGAUUUACCAACCAACGGAAUAAACUUUUUAUCUUCAAUUUCAUUUUCUUAAGAUCAUUGGGUGCUAGGAUUUCGGUGUAAUUACGCAUAUUAUCUCUAGUUAAUUUAGAGUGGCAAACAACCAUGUAAUAUCACUAGAGCAAAUGGUACAACUUCUUUUAUCCAUGCAUCAACCGUCAUAUAUUAAUUUUUUA